CUCAUCUCCUUUCGCAAAGGAAGUGACGAUUGACGGUCCUUCAGCCUCCUAUCGUUUGUCCUGCCUCCCUGCUGCUGUCGAGCCCUUCCAUCUAUCUGGAGUCGGUCUGCAAGGUAUACCCCAACCUGCACGGCCUCCCAGCACCUCUCAGCUCCUUGGACACUGCAGGCAUCACAUCACCAACGUCUGCACGACACGUCAUCAGUAGUAGAGAACAUGGGCAAGCUCACGCUGUACUAUUUCCCGCUCCGCGCUCGCAACGAAAUCCCUCAGCUGACGCUCGCCGGGGGAGGCGUCGACUAUGAGUACGUGAGCAUCCUGUUCGACAAGUGGGCCGAGUUCAAGGACAAGACGUUCCUCAAACAGCUGCCCAUGCUCGUAAGUCGACACACACACUGCACUGCACCACCACUGCAGUGCACCACUGCACUCGCACGCACUGUUGAAUGGUCUUGGGUAUGGUGCGGUGCGGUGUGUGCGUGUGGUGCGAGCAGGUGCUUCCUGACGGAACGGAGAUCUGCCAAUCCGGCGCGGUACGAGUCAGCUGCACAGAGGCCUGGGCCUGCAAGACACACACAUCACACACAUUCGCACGCACCGCCUCUCCCAAUGCUGUUGUCUGUCUGUCCGUCUCUGUGCAGAUUGUGCGGUACAUUGCGCAGAUCGCUUCGCCGAGGUUGGUGCCUGACGACCCUGUCAAAGCCGCAUACGUCGACAUGGUACCAACGGAAUGGACAGAAGCAAUCAGUGGCCGGUCGUGGCAAGGGCGGCUCAGUGGCGACUGGUGUCAAUGUGUGUGUGUGUGUGUGCAGAUCUUCGAGAUGUGUCAGGACAAGCGCGUGCAGGUCAUCGAUCCGGUGAGUCCCGCAUAGCACAUCACAUACGCGAAUCACACGCAAGGAGCGACCCUGCUGUCCUGUGUGUGUUCCUCUGUUGGUUGGUUGGUUGGUUGGUCACAGAUCUGCAACAUGUACAGCGGCGAGCAGUUCAAGACCGAGAAGGAGACCGUGCUCGGACACCUCCAGGACAAGUGAGCCAAAAGGGAAGAAAGGGAAACCACACGCCCCCCCCCCCAACGGCCCGGCGUAUGCGUCCCUCAUCUAUGUCCGACUCUCUCUCUCUCUCUCUUGUCCUUGUCAGCUAUCUGCCGUGCUGGACGAAGCUGCUGGGCGACAAGAAGUUCUUCGCCGGGGACUCGGUCACCUACGCCGACUUUGCCGUCUUCCACAUCCUCGAAAACACACAGAACGUCGAGCCAAAGUGAGUGAGCCACCCAGCCACAAACAGACCCACAGACCCACACACACACACAUGCCCAUUAUUGUGACAUGAUUACGUUUGUGUGUCCAUCAGCGUGUUGUCCAAGUGGAGCGAGAUGAGUGCGUGGUAUGAGCGCGUCAAGGGCCUCCCGGGGAUAAAGCAGUUUCUCGACAGCAGACCCCCCCUCAGACAACUCCCGCCCGCUAACUGACCCACUCAGUCACUCACCGACUGACUGACUGAGCCAGCCCCAAGCGAGCCGCCCCGACAUGGUGGAUGGCCAGAUGAGGGUGAGUCAGUGUCUCGUAUCUAACGCUCAUAGGCAGGCCGGGUGAGUCUUUUCGGGUACGCGUUAGUUGUUUGUUUGUUCAAGGGGUGUCUCACCACUUGGAGCUUUGAAUUAUGCGGGAGAGAGGCAUGUAGGUUUGGCAGUCAGGUUUGACGUGAGGGUAGCGAAGCGUCAGGAGGUUGCAGCUGCUAGGAACCAUCAGGUCAGCUUGAAAUUUUGUUGUUUGUCGUG